GUUGGAUAUUAUUAUUCAUAAAGACAGAACCAGCUAGUCAAAUCCAUUUUUCUAUCGAUUAAUAAAAGUCACCAUUCACAAAGUCUUUUUAAGGUCAGUGAUUGAGGACACAAAUUGAGCUUUGAUGGCUCAAUGGGUUUUCAUACCACUUAAAUUGUACACUGGAUCUCAGAUAAAAGGAAAACAUGAUACAAUGUAUACCGUGUCAGACUAACCAUAAUUAAUUAACAUAGUUGCGAUCUAAUUAUAAAUGUUACUUAAUUCCUUCUCUUUUUAUGAACAUAUUAGUUGUCAAUGUCCUACAACACAUCAACAUCAGACUGAAAGUGAACCCAGGUGUAUACCUAUAUCAGUUUGUGGUGAAUUCAAUAUAACAAGUGAAUUUAAAACGAGAAGGCAACCAUGUAGGAAUUCGGGUCAGUGUAUCCAAGAUACUAAGAAUCCAACUUUGUAUAAAUGUAUUUGUAGCCAUGGUUAUACAGGUGGUCAUUGUGAGAUUGAACCAUCACCAGCUAUAUGGAGUGUAUGGUCAGCAUGGUCUGAUUGUUUAUGGCCUGACUUAAAUGAAAUAUGCCACAAAAAACCAUAUCGUCAACAAAUACGCACUUGUAUAACUAAUGCAAUCGGCCAAAAAUGUAUGGGGGAAACAAAAAGGAUGACGCAUAUUGGAUGUGAUCUCAGUGUACUCCAUUCAAAAUCAGAGAUCAACGUAUCACAAACAAAACGUGAGAAUCUAAUAAACGCAUUAAAACUAUGUGAUUUAUAUAGUAAACAAUAUGUUAUGCCAACAAGUGAAUAUGGAUUAAAUCAACAAUUAAUAAUAGUUGAAGAAGCCGAUGAUUGGAUUACAACCGGUUUUGAAGAUGCACCACAACUACAUUUGAGUGAGUCAACAGUAAUUGAUCAAUCACAAUCAGCAAACUGGCCUACGAGACAGGAUUAUCUACUCACCACAGGAUGGAUAUAUGUGACCAUAAUUCACAUAGGAACAAUACUUUUUUGGAUUCAUUACAUACACCUUUGGAGAACACAACGAAGAGAUUAGUCAAUAACCAUUUUAAUAUCGCCGAUUUCGGUACUUUGAUUUGCUUUACACCUGUUUUGGUUUUUCAUCAACAGUACUAUUCCGAAUUCGCAGAAGUAUCUGGAGUGGAACAAACUCUAUCUUCUCUGAAGUAGUGCUCAUUGCAAAUGCAACAUCGUCGCGAUGACUAAUAAAAGCCAACUCGUGUUAGUCAAGUGUUUAAUUCAUUUUAGUGAUCUCUAGAAGCAAACAGAUGUAGUUUCACUUAACGACAAAUUCAAGUACCAUUCAAGCAGAUUGUGAUGAUGUGUUUGAAUAGACUUUUUAUCACGUUCUUUUGAAAGUAACGAAUUGGAUGCAUACCUGAGGGU